GUGAUCCAAUCAACCUGGACACUCGGAUCUCUUGCGCAGGUGCUGGAGUUUCCUUUGGAGACCUAUCGACCACUUCCCCCAUGGGCGGAGGAGAACAGCUCCGACGAGCUCAGGAGGAUCAAGGCCGAAGUCAUCGCGGCAGAGAAAGCGAGGGAGUCAGCUCCGAAAAGCAUUUCCUCUGCCACAGUGGGCAAUGUCUCGCACAUGGAACAGAGAGUGCAACUGCCCUCCAACAUCACCAACAUGCCGGUGGUCCAGAGCUUGGAGGAUCUUGACCUCUUCUACUGUGAGGCUCCGCCGGCAGCAGCACCUCCUCGGCCGCAGCCGGUUGCGCCUAUGGCACCAGCUUCUGCUGGUCUGGAGCAGGUUCGGCUUGCCGCGCCUGCUCCCCCUGCCGGCCCGGUGGGCACAGCGGUCUUCGGCGAGGAUGAUGAGUCGGACGAGGAGGAGGAUGACGAGGAUGACUGGAAGUACUGCCAGCAGGCAGCCCCGAAACCCGGGCCGCCCCAAACCUCCUCCGACCCCACGCCUCCUCCCUCGGCCUCCUCCCCGACCCCUGCGCCACCCGAACCCAGUCCCAUGGCCGCCACCCCGGCACCCCAAGCACCAGCGGAGACGACUGCUACAGGGGCGCCUGAGGGAACCCUUCCAUCAGACUCCCUGGUGGCCCCUCUGGCGCCUGAAGCUGCCCUUGAAGAGGCAGCGAAUGAGAGCAGACCAGCUCCGGCGGAGCUGCCCGACUUGCUCUAA